UCUAUCUCUCUAAUUUCUUUCUCUUCCACGCAUGCCAGUGGAGCUAACUGAACUUUCUGCCAAGUUCCUUGAUCGCAAGAUAUAUGUACUCGGACGACGCUUCCAUCAAGAUGAUGGUUCCUGGAAGAGCUCCUUCGAGGUAUUCAACACAAACACCCAAACUUGGGAUCUCCCUUCCUGUGGUGGUUUUGAUAGCGCCAGAAUCAAUUAUCUUAUCGACGGAAAGCUCCAUGUGGUGACUUUAUUCGAUGGCGUGUUUGCUUUCGAUUCAAAGCAAUGUAGAUGGGACCUGGUUGAACAAUAUCCAAGCACGGGUAUUAUGUGCCCAGGUUCUUUCUGCGAGGUUGAUAAUGUUCUCUACUCUGUUUCUGAAGACGGUGCUCUGACAUGGUAUGACUCCGACAACACAAGCUGGAGAGAUUUGAACGGUUUGGUAGCCCUACCUAAGUUGCCUAGUCCUCUUGAUGGUUAUGUUUCUUAUGUUAAACUGACGGGUUACGGUGGUGGAAAGAUGAUGGUUUUCUGGAAUUGCAAUUUCAGUACUCACCGCCUGUUUCAAAGGGAGACCAUAUAUUGUGCCGAGAUAGCCCUUGAAAGACGCAAUGGAGAUUGUUGGGGCAAACUUGAGUGGUUUGAUACUAUGCUCACAGUCCCUGUGGAAACCCAGUUCGUUAAGGUUCUUGCUGUAACGCUUUGAAUGAUGAUGAUGAUGAAUGUGGUGGUGUCUUUCUUUAACCCUUUAUUUUGUUUUGGAAUGGCUUUUUCAAAAUUCUAAUUAAGUCUCUCUGCUCCUUGUUCUCUUUUACAUC